AUUUGAGCGACUCCGGUCCACUUGAGCCUGGCCACCUCGUCAACAACGGCAGAUCUCUCGACUCACUACACAAGCGGCCUCGCCCGAGUUAAGUCUGAUAUUAACCCGUUCCCCCCUUCUCAUGAACGGGCUAGUGAGGGGCUUCCAACCUCCAAUUGGUGAAACCAUCAGUACUGGUACUAGUGCCCGACACGGACUCAACAAAGCGGUCUGAUGUAUAUUACAACGGAUCAAGCCGACACCGACAACAACCCAUAAAUCUCCCUCAUCGACCACACGCCACGCAUCACGCUUAUUCCUUGAGCACCAACGCUGUCCAGGAGUUUUGCCAUCGCUUGAGUUUCUCGAUUCCAACACCACGCUUAAGAUAGGUCGUCGACUUCAACGUCGUCGACCGCUUUUCCAAACCCGCCAAUGAUCGAAGUUUUGCACAACGGCCUGGGCUCCCCGGCGGGGUCUAGGUUGCCGUUCAGCAGAGAGGAGCGCAGGAUGAAAGAGUCCCGUCUAGCAAAAGAGGGCAUGCGCACGCCGCGUCGCUCCCAAACUCACCACGAGUACUUCCUCCCGCCGUCUCCCUACUUUGGCGCCUACAUGACCCCAUCUCAAUCCCCAACUAUCGAGGACAGCUUGAAGACGCAAUCGGGGCCCUCACGAGAGCCAAGUCAACAGGAGGUGGAGCGGUCCCGGGCGCCGGCACGGAGACCGCCUCUCGGCCCUUCCCGGCGGUCGUACUCAGUAACAGACCAAGAACUACUCUCUCGCCGCCGCAGGCCCGCGGUUGACGGCUUGACGCUGACGGAUUUGCCCGCCGAGCUUCACUACGCCAUUUUCGACUUCCUCAACCCCAUCGACAGCACCUGCCUGGGACUUACCAACAAACAUUUCUACACCAUCCACCGCCGGCUCCACGGCACCGUACCGCUCACCGCGCGGCGGGACGGACCUAACGACCUCGAGUGGGCUUGGCAUCUGGCUGGCAACAUCGUGCGCAAGAACCCCUCAGUUGUCGUGGCCGAGGACAGCAAGGAUGCUCAGACCGGGCCGCUCAAGGGGCUGGGACAGGAGGAGAGGAACGCGCUGUCGAAGCUGCGGGUGCGGGGGCAGGGGUACUGCCGGAUGUGCGGCGUCACGAGAUGUCAACUGCACAAGCACAUCCAGGAGUGGCUCGGCGAAGGGUUCGAGUACUGCUCGGUGAGGCAGAAGUUUGGCCCCGUCGCGCCCGAGGGCGCCAAGUCGUACUGCUACAUGAGCAAGCCGGGCGAUCCGCGCAGGUGUGGGCGGCACUUUGUGAGGAGGGACAAGGUUGAGUUGCGGUGAGGGGGUAAUCUCUGUCCAUGCCUCCCACAUUGGGCUGUAGCGGUGCUGGUUGUGGGUGCGCUUCAUGGGUCCGGCGGUUGGCAUACACGUCUCUCUGCCAGUCAUCGGCGUGGAUACCGUUCAUUGAAGGAUCAUGUAUAACAUACCAUUGCCACGAGUCGUCCAACAUUCGAGUUGGAGUUACAAUUUUAAUACGUCGAAUCUUCCACCACUGCAGUACUCAGGGGGAUCGCUGUACAUCCACAAGCGCUUUGCCCGAGUGAUGCCUACCUAAUUUAUAAACAUGUCUCACUGGCGGACCAAAUGCGUGG